AUUCACUCCCUCAUCUAACAAGCUAUAAUGGAUAACCAGGCAGUGACGGUGGUUUACAAACCGUUGCGAUCAAACUUGAUCAACCUCCCGUCGCACCUUGCGAAUUUGCUCUAUUCGGCCAACAUCAGCAUUCAGGAAGUAGUGGCGGAGUUGACGUUCAAACCCAAGCCGAAUUUGCCAUUGGAGUAUGCGUACGCAGGCUGGACCGGAAUGGCAACUACGAGCACGCAGAGCGCGACGAUUGAAAUCGACUCCGCAUUUGCACAGUCCCUUGGGCUCGCGAACGCUGCGCGCGCAACGCUCAGCCUCAAGCUCAAGCACGCCGAGGCCACCACCAUCCACUUAGAACCCGUUUCCUCUUCUGAUUGGGAGGUUGUCGAGCUCCAUGCGCAGCUUCUCGAAGACAAGUUGCUUUCCCAGAGCCGCUGUGUAAAGCUCGGUCAGGUUUUGGUGGUGUACCCGACUACGGGCACCACCGCGCUGUUGGUAGUGACAAAGAUAGAACCCGCGGCGGAGACGUACGCGAAAAUUUCACCAAACUGCGAGGUUAUGGUUGCGCCCAAGGUGAAACAAAAGAAAAAGAGGACCGUAAAGGAGCGCGCGCGCGCGGAGCCAUUGCCGAGCGUGCUUCUCCGCGGCAUCGCCUUACCCCACGCGCUCUUUCCGGACUCCACAGCCCACCCCGGCUUUGAGGUAUUUGUGGACUUUGACAGCGUCGCACACCGUUUGGGCGGCGCGGAGUAUGUCACCGUCGCGACCCUCCCCGGGCCGAAACCCGUUGAGAAAGAGCCGAGAUCCGAGCCAGAGACUCCCGCGCCCGGCGAACUCACCGAGGCUAAGCGCGUCGUUGCCAAGCUCGUACACUACUCCGACACACCUGAGGGCCACGUGGGGUUGUCUGAGACCCUAGCCGUUGCGCUAGCGGCGGAAGCGUCUAUUGGAAACAUCGUGGUAUUACAAAAGGCGGCGCCGCCGAUAAAGCUCCCAACGUUGGUUUUCCACCCGUACGCAACCAAAUCGCCGGCCCUGACGCUCUCCCUCAACUCCACAGAUAAACAGAAGGAGGAGAUGAGGGCGGAAAAGACACGCAAGGUAGAGGCAAUCAAGGCACAGGUUUCCGGGUGGGGGGUAACGCCUGUGACAAAUUUCACGCGUGUCGCGCCACUGGAGGAGUUGCUGCUUGGCGGUUUGCUUGAAUUCAAGCGUUGCGGCGAGGGCUGGGCGCCGUCAGGGGAGACCAAGGUGGACAUCGGCGAGGACCUCAUCCGCGGCGAGUCCUUUGUCGUGCGUAUCAGAGCCGAGGAGCACGACGACACGGUUGGGAUGGCGCCGCUCAUUGAAAAGAUACAGACGACUGUAAUGCGCGGCAAUGUCGGCGCGUUGGUGUACGGCGCAUCCGGCAGCGGUAAGACGGCUGUUGUGCGUGACGUGGCCGCGGGCUUGCGCGCGCGCGGUGUUUUUACACGCACCGUGCUCUGCGAUACGCUCGCGAACGAGAGUUUCAACGCCGCCAAGACUGCGCUCACGGCGUGGGUUACGGAGGCCAGCUGGUACGCGCCACUGUGUCUUGUGCUCGAGAACGUGGAGAACAUUCUUCCGGCAGAGCUCGAGCAUGCGGACGGCACGCAAUCGAACCAGCUAGCGGAGUUUCUUGCGACACAGCUCUCGCGCGUCGGCCAGCUUCGCAAUGUGAGCAUUAUCUGCACCACCAAGUCCAAGGAAUCGGUUAACAAGCUUCUCUUCCAGUUGCACACGGUGGAGGAGACGUUCAAUUUGAAAACCCCGGAUAAGGAGUUGCGGCGGUUGGUACUAGAAGCACACAUGGCGAAGCUUGGGAUGGCGUUGAAGUUUGACAUCAUGGACGUUGUGGCGGAGACCGAGGGCUAUCUUCCGAACGACUUGAAGAUUCUUCUUGACAGGGUCUACCACGAGCUGUUAUUCAACACUGAAGGAGCUAGUGUUUUGGUGACCCAGAAGGAGUUUGGUAAGACGAUUGAGGGGUACACUCCGUCGAACCUCCGCGGCGUAAAGUUACAGAAGUCAACAAUCAACUGGUCGGACAUUGGCGGGCUAGAAGAGGCCAAAACCAUUCUCUUGGAGACGUUGGAGUGGCCGACAAAGUAUGCCCCCAUCUUCCAGUCGUGUCCGUUGCGCUUGCGCUCGGGGAUUCUCCUCUACGGAUACCCCGGCUGUGGGAAAACGUUACUCGCGUCGGCAAUCGCGGGUGCUUGUGGCCUCAACUUUAUCUCCAUUAAAGGGCCUGAGAUCUUGAACAAGUACAUCGGAGCGUCCGAACAGUCGGUGCGCGAGUUAUUUGAACGUGCGUCGUCCGCAAAGCCGUGCAUUCUCUUCUUUGACGAGUUUGACUCGAUCGCGCCAAAGAGAGGUCACGACUCUACCGGGGUGACCGACAGAGUCGUCAAUCAGAUGUUGACCCAGAUGGACGGUGCGGAGGGAUUGGACGGGGUUUACGUGUUGGCGGCAACCUCCAGACCUGAUUUGAUCGACUCAGCCUUGUUGAGACCCGGCAGAUUGGACAAGAGUGUGAUCUGCGACAUGCCAUCGCGCCUGGACCGCUUGUCCAUUUUGCAGUCCAUCACACGCAAGAUGGAGUUGAUGGAUGAGGUGGACUUGGACGAGGUGGCUGGACGGACCGCUGGCUAUAGUGGUGCCGAUUUACAGGGCUUGGGCUAUAACGCAUACCUCAAGGCCGUUCACCAGAAGCUUGAGAAGGAUGAAAACGCAUUGGUGGGGGUUCUGGAGGUGGAUAAAAAGGCCCACGAGUUUUUCCAGAUCAAACAAAACAAGGAGAAAAUGCGCAACACUGACAGGGUCAAGGUGUUGCACAAGAUUGAGCAGUUGUUUGACAAUAUGGAGCUUGAGGCGGGAGAAGGGACUGAAACCGAGGCCAAGACCCAGGAGGCGGUCAAGGUGUACAUCAGCCGUCAGGACUUUUUGGACUCGUUAGAGGAGACAAAGCUGUCGAUAUCUGUGAGUGAAAAAACCAAGUUGCAGCGCAUCUACAGCGAGUUUUUGUCGGGUAGGGACGGUAACAUGCCUGACGGCUCCACUAGUAAUGAGGUUGGUGGUAGAACCACCCUUAUGUAGGAUAUAGAAUCAGAAUUUACGUCUAAAGGUAA